AUGGCUACGGGUGAUGUCUACGAAAUUAACUAUCAUGACUGCUCAUAUAGCAUCGAUAUGGGUCUGAAAACAUGUGGUUGCGGGAUGUGGCAGUUGAAUGGAAUUCCUUGUAACCAUGCUGCUUGUGUGAUCACCGCAAAGAAACAGAAAGUAGAUGACUAUGUUUCUGAUUAUUACACUACUAUAAGAUGGAGAAAAACUUAUGAAUGUAGUAUUAAACAUGUGGAAGGGAUGAAGUUAUGGCCUAUGCUGAACAGGUUACCAGUCUUGCCUCCACCAAAUAGGUUAGGUAAUAGAGGAAGACCAAGCACUUAUGCCAGAUGGAAAAGCGCAAAUAAAUCAUCCUCUUCCUCUAGUAAAACCAAGCUAAGCCGUGAGAGGCGUGUCAUGACAUGCUCUAAUUGUAGAGAAGAAGGACAUACCAAGCCGAAAUGUUCGAAACCAAGCGUUCAACCUGAACCUAAAUGUCCAAGGGGUCGGCCAAAGAAUGAUCAGUUGUAA